UAACAAGGUCACAUGUUAACUGUAACAAAGGUGUAGUAUAAAAACUCUGUGUUACUGACACAGACAACAGUGAGGUCUAAACUGAAGGUGGCUACAGACGUAACAAGACAGCUGUUUUAACAAAAUAUUAGAUUAUCUGGAAGAGCCAGGUCAUGAAGAUGCAUCAGUGUGCUGUGAUUUUUCUGCUGGUCUUGUGUGCUUCAUUAUCCACUGAUGCUCAACCAGCAGAUGUAAGGCAACGUUAUGAGAAAUUUCUCAAGCAGCAUGUGUAUGGCAACAUGAAUGAGCGUAUAUGUGACCGUGAGAUCAGCAAAAGACACAUCACACAACCCAACACUGACAACGGCUGCAAAGAUGUUAACACCUUCAUACUUGCAAAUAAAGACACAGUUAAAGCCGUUUGUACUGGUGGUGGAACCAUAUAUAAUAAAAAUAAGGACCUAUAUAUGAGCACCCAACCUUUUGCUGUGGUUACGUGUUCGUUAAAGAGUGGGGCUAGACACCCAAAAUGUUCGUACAGAGGUAAUAAAUCUACUCGUAAAAUUGUUGUGGGGUGUGAACAGGGCUGGCCAACACAUUAUGAUGAAGGCAUAAUUGUAUAGAUUUCAGGCUGAAUACAGCAUCAUAAUAAAUUGUACAUGACUUUAAAAAUCCAAAUAAUAUAAAAUAUAUUAUAGAUAAAACAUGAAUGAUAAAGAAUAUAAUGUAUAAGAAAAGAAAUGCCAUAUUUUGUUUUGACAGACCUCAAAUGUUCCAAACUGUAAAUAAUUGUAAUAAAUAAAUAAUUGUAUAAAAUACAUUA